GAUCUGGCAUCUUAUGGUGGCAUGUUGGGGCAAAAUGCAGCAGCAGGAGAAAGUAAGAUGAAUUCUGCAUCCAGAACCUGGAUUCAUUUAAACUCUUUAGUCUGGUCUCGGUCUGCGAUGAAGGCGGGAAAACAACAGUGAGGUAAAAAAAAUAAACAUUUCUGCAUCUGCUCUAUGUAAAGGGUGUAUUUGCAUCUGCAUGUGUGAAAAGACGAGGCGUGCAACAAGAGCAGCAAAACGAGCUGUAUGACCUCAACCCGUCUGGCCUGCAGUCCUGCUUUGAUUCAGACUGAAUCCUGUUUACAGCCGAGCAUUUAGACUGAAUCCUGUUUACAGCCGAGCAUUUAGACUGAAUCCUGUUUACAGCCGAGCAUUCAGACUGAAUCCUGUUUACAGCCGAGCAUUUAGAAAAGGGCUUCCCACAACCAUCCAGCGCUCUACCACUACCAACAGACGCCGCAAUCCUGUGAAGAAAAUAGUUUCUUUGACUAAGACAACCACAGAUGAGAGACGGUGGGACAUCAGCUCCUCCAUUGGCUUCGGUGUAAGAACGACCAUCAGUGCAGGAAUUCCCAGCAUUGUGAGUGGAAAUAUUGAAAUCAGUGCAGAGACGACUUAUAAGUUCUCAGGUGGAAAUAACUUAGUAGGGUGUAACGGUGUAUUUAGUCAUACAGGAUAUUUCCAGUACAAGCCUUUUGAUUGAUCAGAUUAUGAUGAAUAAUACCUACACCUCCAGGUUUCCUUUUGUUAACUGAAUUGUUUUACAGUGGCAGCGUGGCUGUGGAUGGAAAGUAAAGGAAGAGUCUUUUUGAACCCUCAAAACAUCUCCAAACAUUUAAAAUCAGAUUUGGGGAAAGUUAUCUGAAAAUCUUCCUCAACGACAAUUUCAACCAUUUCCCAGGUUUUAUUAUUGUUUAAUGCUUAUAUUAAAUGAUGGGAUCAAACUUAGUCACUUAUAUAGGACCAACUUUUUAAAAUGGUAACAAUAAAUAAAAAACAUUACGGACAAGGAAUCUUACCAUCCGUUGGCCACUACAGAGUAAAUCAUUCUUUUUUAGUUAUUUUUAUUUAAAUGUAUUAAAAACAUAUCAAACUGUGAUGUUAAAACUCACUUACCCAUGAUUUGCUAUUUUAUUACCACUACAUACAAGUGAAUAAAUAUUGAAAUUAUUAUGAGCAGGGAAAAGAUUAUAUUUCUAAAGAUAUCAUCCAAAAAUCUAUAAUUGUGAAUACUCAAAAGAGUGGCUUUUUAUGAAAUUCAGACAAAAGUAUUUUUGUUAAAAUCAUCUUAUUUAAAGAUGACUGAGUCCUGUAAAAAUACAGUCUUAUCAGUGUACCCUGUGAGCUAUUCUAUGCAAUUUCUUUGGCUUUAAUAAAACUUAAAAUCACUGAAAAUAAAAUAGUUUUUGUGCCAAACCAACAUGAACUCCUCUCUCUUAAUUUGUUGUUGUGUAAAAUGACAAAAGUUUCGAAAUGAGGCAUCUGUUUCAUGUCAGUACAAACCCCAUUCUCCACUAAGCACUAGAUUUUAAAACAGAGUCAUCAGUUAGCUGUUGGGUUAAUUUAUAAACUAUCCUUUUUUCAGAGGUUUGAACAGAUUAAACAGAAAUAGACUGAAAUGAUCUCAUUUUUCAGCUGGUUUGAACAGGUCAGUUAUGGAUGAACAGAGCUGUUACACACAGGGAACCACUGCAGCGAUUCAAGAGCUGCUGUAAUGUAAUCCAUGUUCCUGGUGUUGGUCAGGACUCAGACAGCAGCAGCUGCUGGUUAACCUGGUGAAAAUAAAAACCUGCAGCAGUUUUUCUUUGUCCUGAUUAAAUAGAAAACUCUUUAUUCUGGGAAUGUGUUUAAGGAAACAGCUGCUGAAUUAUUGAAAGACUUUGUUUGGUUGAUAAACUUCAGGUCAGAAUCCAUGACAUAUUUUAGGCUGAAACAAGAACUUCUGUCUUUUCUGUAUUAACUGAAAAGGCAGAAGUAACCAAUCUGCUUAUGGAUAUUUUGGACAAACCAAAUGAGGGACUGUAGUUAAGUAUGAUCAAGGUUUUUUGUUAUCAGUAUGAUAUUCUGAGCUAAAGGGAUCAUAAAAAUAUUGAAUAAAAAUGGCUCAAGAAUACAGCCCUGAGGUACCCCACAUGUGACCUGUUUACCAAAGUAGUCAUAGUGUAGCACAUCAAGCUAAUGGUUCAUAUUGCCUAAUUGUAGAGUUGACUAGCAACAUGUUUCAGCCAAACAAGUACAAAGCAACCUUUAUGUUAAAUCCCAUUUAAAUUGGAGUUUAUUAAACCUUAUUAAUAUUUUUUGUUUAUACAUAUCCAUUUAUGGAACAGGACUCAAUCCAAGAACAGAACCUGAUUGGACCAAACAUUCUGCAAAUUCCCUGAGAUGUUUUCCUGAUCGGUGUAACGCCGUCACUGACGUGUUUUAAUCAGUUUUCAAAAUUAUUCCUCAAUCAGGCCUAAAAUUGAAAGAGCAUAUCUAUAAAAAAGCAUUGCCAUAAGUAAAGCUAUGUUUUUCAGUUAUUUAAAGAUUAAUAUUUUAUUUAUUUCAUGUGACAGGCCAAGUGUUACAAACAUUGCAUCCACAGGUUCUACGUUUUAAUUUUUGUCUUAAGAGUCAAGAAUUUAGAAAUGCAAAGUCUGAGAUAAAGGACAUAAAAAAUGUUUAAUACGAUUCACUGCUUUCUGAUUCUGUUUUAAUAAGGUAAAGUAUUUUUUUUAAAAUGCUUGGUUUCAGAUAAACUUUAGUAAUUAAAAUGAAUGUGAACUGACUUCACACCUCAUGUGUGAAGUCAGCUUGCUGCCCAGAAGCAGUUUGUGAUAAUCUAUGAUCUGUUGCUCAGACCAGUGAAGAAGAGCUUCAUGAUCACCAACACGUUUAGAGAAAAAUGGGGAAGCUUCAGAGAACAUCACUACUUAGUGGUACGGAUGUGGUAGAAUGAGGGGUGAUUUGCUGCAUGAGGCGCCUGGUGCAUCUAAUAAAUUAGCAUCAGAAGGAAAGACGUUGAUGUGGAAAUGUUGGAGCAACAUCUGAAGACAGGAGGUUGAAAAACAGCAGAGAUGUUUUUUUCCAAGAGGAUAAUAACUCAAAACAUACCACUAAAUUAGAUAAAGUCUACGUUAAAGGCAAAAAAGUGAAUAUUUAAAAUGCUAAAAUGAUGUGUGUGAACCAACAAAGCAAUAACAAACUAAUGUAAGACACAUGGAAUAAAACCCAACAUGUUUGACCAAAUUCACACAGUUUAAAGGAAAUUCUACUGAAUCCAACAGGAAAUGGAAACUUAUGAAUCUGAGGAAUAUUUAGAAAACUCUCUAAAUGACCUGAAACUGUCUUUCAGGUCUGAUUUAAUGUUAUAUUAAAGUUUAUUCUGAUUUAAUGUUGUAUAGAGAUAAAGGUGAUGAGUUCAUGCAAUUAUCUGCUUCAAUAUUCAGAUAAAAUGCAGAAUAAUUACUGUAAGGACUCGGAGGGAACUGGUAAUCCCCAACAACCAAUCCUGAGUGUCUGCAAGAGUCAUGUCUUUAUUUGGUGUUGUGUGAGUUGAAUUAAGCUCUGAUAGGCUCUUUAAAAAAAUCCUCCAUGAGAUAAUCAGAUAUUAAAGAAGCGUCAGGCUGAGAUGAAACCAUUUCCACAUCUAAAACAAACCUGCAGGUUUAUUUCACCGACUGAAAAAAUGAGGACCUGAGAACUUGUCAGCUGAUCAGUCCUCUAAAUCAGUUAUCACCACCGUCGUCCCACCGCUGUGAAGAAGAACUCAGAGAACAGAAAUGCUGCAGUUGCUGCUGCUGCUGCUGCUGCUGGUUCUGUCCUCAGCCAGUCCUCUGGACCCGGACAGGAACCGGCCGCCGGAUGAAACGGUCUCCUCUGUGAAUCCAGAUCCUGCAGAUGAUGUUGCUAAAAUCAAAGCUAAGUUGUACUACUCAACCGUCCGACGUGUUCUGUCUCCGGCUCCGUUCAGACAGAAAAGCCCAGUUAACUCGACGCUCCCAGAGUUUGGUAAUACAGGAAAACUGCGAUGGGAAAAAUGGCAGGGUUCCCCUCCUAAUGGAGCCAUUUCUAUUUACAACAGCUACGCUGAUCGAAUCGACUACAUCUGCAAAGUCGGAUGCAAUUCUGGGUUUUACAACCCCAGCAAAGGCUCUUACUGCCACUACCCAAAUAAAAAAGAAGAGCAUCGUUCCUCCAGCUUUCAAAUCCUUGUGAAUGAAGAUAAUUUUCAGAUCCUGGAGUGGAAGGAAGGUUCUUAUGGUUCUGUUCCACAGAAUGCAAUUAGAACCUGCUCCAGUGAGGAAAUGUAUGUAGGGAAGAACAAGUACGGACUGGGUAAGGUUGAUCAACAGGAUCAAUGUUUUUAUCUUCCCUGGGAGGGAAGUGAGCAUUGGUACCGGUACUAUGAGGUUCUGACCCACAUGAAGGCUGAAGAAGAUCUCAUCUCUGAUGUCAAAUAUCACAUCAAAACUGCUCAAAUUUUCAAAGAUCCUCCAAAAACCCUCCAAAGCUCUACUACUACCAACCAUGCCCUCAGUCCUGUGACAAAAACAGUAACUCUGACUAAGACAACCACAGAUGUGAGACGGUGGGACAUCAGCUCCUCCAUCACUGUCGGUGUAAAAAAGUCCAUCAGUGCAGGAAUUCCCGGCGUUGUGAGUGGAAAUAUUGAAAUCAAUGCAGAGACGACUCAUAGGUUCUCAGGUGGAAAUACCUGGACAGAGCAGAUCUCCCACUCUGUGUCUUUACAGCUUAUCGUACCACCAAACCACAGCUGCAAAGUAAAGAUGGUUGGUUAUCAGUACAAGAUGGACGUUCCCUUCACCGCCGUCCUCAAGCGAACCUAUGAAGACGGAGAGACCAGAUCAGUUACCAUCUCUGGAAAUUAUCACGGAGUCCAAGUUGGAGACAUUGAGGCUGAAGUUGAAAAAUGUAAACCUUUGUCCAACUCCAAACGCUUCAUCCUACAACAACAUGAUGUAGGAUAUUUGGAGAGUGAAAACCUCCUGAAGUAAAGUUAGCAUGACUUUACCAGCAGAGCUUCAGCUUCAUUUAUGCUUUUUUAUUCAUACUCUUUGAAACUGUAACCAUGCGAUUAGUCAAAGGAGUGACUUUAUAUGCAAUUCUGAUAAAAACCCACAACAUUUUUAUUAACUAUCAUCUCAUUUAAAGUUGAUCUAGAAACAGACAAGCUUUAAAGUUUAUGAAUGUAUCCUGUGAGCUAUUCUAUGCAAUUUAUUUGGCAUUAAUAAAGCUUGCAAGCAAUGAAAAUGAA